AUGGAAUUCCUGGAAAACUUUAAUGGUAACAAUGAAUCUCAACUUAAAACUUUAGGAAAUCAUACUGCUUCUGUAAAACCAAUAAAAGGAAAAACUAUACCGUUAAAGGAACGUUUUAACCAAGGACUUCUUGAGGACGAGGAUAUGUAUUCUGGAAAACCAGUCUGGCAACAACUAAAUGAUAUAGAAAGUAUAUGGAAGGUUAAGUUUAAACACAAAUCCAGAAUAAAAAUACAACGAGAUAUAUCGAAAGCAAAAAAAUCCGUGGAAACUCUGGAAGAGUUGGAGAAUAAUGCAAACAGCAUAUAUUUAGAUGACAUCAGAAACAUAAACAAACAAGAAUCGAAUAUAAAUAUUAAGGGUCAUCUACCUAGUGAGGAAACUCUUUUAAUAAAUGACAUUAAUCUGCAAGGAAAAGCAUGCUACGAACAACCUACAAUUCAAGAGGAAAAGUAUAGUAUAAAAGAUAAUAAUAGUUUGAUUGAUUCAAAGACCAUUAUUACGCGUGAAGAUGAAGAAUUUAUAACAGAAAUUUUUGGAAAUAAUGAAAAUGUUAUAGAUGCAACUACUCCGUCUGCUAUUAUAGAAUCCAAUACAAAUAUAGAACCGGAAAAAUGGUUAAAUAUGAAUCCAAAUCAUAUAAUUAUUCAGCAAACCAUAAUAAAAAGCAAAAUUCCUUCACAAAUUUUAUCCGCCAUAACUGAUAAGCACAACCAACUAAAUCCUAUUAAUUCUGCCACAGCCUUACAUCGUUUAGCCAAACAAAUACACCCAUAUAAUAGACAUACUAUUUUAAACCACAAAUCUUUUGGGAAAUUGAUUAGCGUGAUAGAGGUUCAUAUUCCAGAAUUUGAUUCUCAGGGUCUUACAAACAUUUUAUGGUCUAUUGUUAGGAUUAAAAUCACUCCAACGUGGUUGUCCCAGCUUCUUACUCAAAUAGACAAGAAUCUAAUGGUAUUUAAUGCAAACGAACUCUCCAGCUGUUUGUUAUCCCUAUCUAAAGUUGGAAUAAAAAAUAAUGAGAGUUUGGAACUAAGAUCGAAAUUAGUCGCUCUAAUACGCACCAGAAUCAAUGGAUUUAAGACACCCUUAGAACUAACAUGUGUUUCUACUGGUUUGGCACGCUUCAAUGUAAGAGAUCCAAUAUUGUUUGGUCAUAUAAGUAGACAAAUUAUCGAUUCACUAGAUAAGUUUACUAUGAAUGAGCUACGCGGUGUUGCUUGGUCAUUUGCUUAUUUGGGAUUUAAUGACCGUCUUUUAUUCGCUAACAUUAGAAAUUUUAUAGAAAAUAAUGCUAACGAAACGAAUGUUAAGAACGUGAUUCGUUUGGCUUGGGCUUUGUCUAAAUUAAAAGAGGCAGAUAGUGAGCUAUUUCUAUUCACCAUAUCGCCACUUAUAAGAUCGAACAUAUCCAAUCUAACUUGCAAGGAUAUAUCUACUAUUGCAUGGGCAUUUCUAAACGCUGAAAUUGAAGACUGUGACUUAUUUAAUGAUUUAGCAACCGCACUGCAACACCAAAUGGAAGAAAUGACAACACACGACAUCACUUCAUGUGUUGCCACCUUUUCCCAUAUAGAGGCUUCCCAUAGAGUUCUUUUCAACAAAAUGAAAACAAGAGCUGUGGAAAUAUCAAAUGAAUUUACACCUUUACAAUUGGCUAAGAUAAUUAGAGGGUUCUCUUAUUUUUCUGAUGAAAAAUUUUACAGUGUCAUGAGCAGAGUUGUGGAAUCUAAACUUCCUUUAAUGUCCCCUGAAAAUAUUCUUGAAGUACUCGUUGGUUUUACAGAGGCAAAAAUAGUACCAGAUGCAUUAUUUUCUAAACUUUUACAUUCUAUAUCAAAAAAUGCUAGAAAAAUGUAUGCUGAAGAUUCACUAAUGCUUUUAAAUGUAGCAAAUGAGUUAAGGGGAAAAUAUAGUGAUCGCUCAUUCUCCAAGCUCCUCACAAAACUAUCAAGGGCUUUGCUUGAACAAAUAGAGGAAAGAGUUUCAAAAUGGAGAUGUUUUGAUAUAUCUCAGAUUUCAUUAGUUUUUAAGUGCAUGAAGGAAAAUUUGCAACAAAAUUCAAUUGUAAAAACCUUAUCAAAACAAUUGGUUCCAUGUUUGAAUAGAUUGUAUUCGUCAAAUCUAUCUCAGAAUGAAAAGGUCGAAAUAUUUUCAAUUUUUUUGGAAUCAUCAGCUUGUCUAAAUACAUUAUGUAUAGAUAUAAUUCGUACGGAAAUCACCAAAAAUGCCAAACUUAUAACAAUAUAUCGCAAAUUUUUUACUUUGGUUAAAGAAAGGUAUGAUCAGAUGAAAAGUGAAAAUAAAGUUUUUGGCCAAAUAGAUGUCGUAUUUUUACUUGUAAAACUUGGGUUUAUAGAUAAUUCAGUUAUAUCCAUGUGUGAUGACAUUAUUUUAUCAUACGAGUCCAAAAAAAUAGACUCCUGGGAUCAUAUUACAAAAACAAUCUGGUUUUUAACAGAAGCUGGUAUUAAUCACUCAUGGAUUAAGGAGAAAAUAGCUGAAUUUCUUGUAGAUUAUGAAUCUGAAGAUAAGGAACAUUUAGACUAUAUAAUCAGAAUAAUGUGGUCUUGUGUUGUUUUAGGUAAUGAUGAUGUCUUAAUGCAAAUACUACAGAAGCAUCUUCAUAAAUUUAAUAAAAAAAUGCCAAAAGACAUGUUAUGUGCUCAGCAAAUAGCUCUACAUAUCCUAAAAUGUUUACCAAUAGAUGUUAAUCGUAAAAUACCCCGUAAUACAGAUGCAGAGAAAUCACCUAUCUGCAAUAUUUCAGGAGACAUAAUAACGUCUAUUAAACUACCUUCUCUGUAUCAAUACACUAUAGGAGAGGUUGAAUUCGGUAUACUAACUGAUUGGUUACAGUACCAACGAGAGGACCUAUUUGCUAUAACUAAGAAUAAUAAAAGGCAUGUGCUAGAAAUCGACCAUGAAUCGUGGAUAUCCGAAUGCCUAAUAAGCAUGAAAAUUCCACAUAAGGCUAUUCAUGUUGUUGAAAACGUAUAUCGCAUCAGUGUAUCGUUUCCCGUAGAAAAACAUCUUAUAGAUGUAAUCACAUUUAAGGAUAUGCUUGCUCCGGACGGAAAGAUAAGGGCGUCCGCAUUGUUACGUCAGCGCCAGUUACAAUACCUAGGUUAUGGAAUCAGCUCUAUAAAACUACCCAGCUUGUAUCAAGCAAUUAAAGAGAAGACUGCAAAAAAUCUCAUUGCCAAAGUAAUUUCUGAUUUUAAUCCCACAGCUAAAGAACAAGUUUCAUUCAGAAACCUUGGAACAUAA